UCAGCAUCGGUCGACAUCGCUAUAGACAAAGCUAGUUUAAAGGCCGGUGGCCGGUUUGAAAGCGUACCAGAAACAUCAUGCGGUGCUAUCUGUUUACUUCGAGCUCCUCCAUCGCGGCCAUACUCCUCGUCGCGUUCUUCGGUCAUAGUGACUCGGUGGCCGGCAAUGUAGCAACAAACAGAUUAAAUGUUGAUGUUUAUUAUGAAUCGCUGUGUCCAGAUAGUAUACGAUGGAUCAAGCAACAACUAUUGCCUCAAUAUGAUAUACUAAAGGAUUACAUCAGCGUUUCUUUCAUUCCCUAUGGGAAAGCAACGUACUGGCAAGAUCCUAACACUCAAAAAUGGCACUUCUCAUGUCAACAUGGAAUAGACGAGUGCAAUGGGAAUAAGGCUCAGGCAUGCGGCAUUCAUGCGAUACAGAACAACGAAUCGGCUGAUAAAAUUCAACAACUUACUGUGAGUUUGAUUGGUUGUGCAAUGACGUCGCGAUUCCCACCAUCUUCCAUUUUAGAGUGCGCCGAAAAAGAAGGAUUAAACGAACAAACGCAAGCGAACAUUAACGAAUGCAUUAACAGCUCUCUAUCCAAUGAAUUGUUAGUUGAGUAUGGCAAGAAAACGCAAGAGUUGAAACCCGAUCUCUCUUUUGUUCCAACGAUCACAAUCAAUGGAGUGAAUUCAAGGGAGAUACAAAGCGCUGCACAAAAUAAUUUCUUUAAAUUAAUUUGCGACUCUUUAGAUGGAACGAAACCGUCUCAAUGCAGUGCUUGCAAAUAAUCAUUACUUAACCCUUUUGCUACUAAAAGAUCUUUGUAGUGAAUGGAUCACAUUUUUAUACAAACUGCAGUGUUUCGCUAUAAUCCACGUGAAGGAUUAUAUAUAAUAAGUUAAUGAUAAAUUCAAUAUGGAAAAGAGAAUUCUAAUUCCCACUUGUGAAAGCAAACUUCUUGAUUUUUCGCAAUGAUAUUGUAUUUUGUAUAAGCUACGUAUUUUGUUAAACAUUUGUGUAAUGAUUAUGACAUGUGAGAAAAUUAUUAAUAAAAUUGAUUUGUGUGGAAAUUAUGUAUUGGAAAAAUAUGUAUCUAUUGUAUUAAGAAAUUGUAACUGAAUAAUCCAGAAAAAACUGUCACUAUAUAUGACUCAAUAUAUGAGAAAUACAAAAAUAAACUAUUCAUCUUUUAUAAGCAUAA